GCUGGACCGUGGGUACUGCUGAGUAAGUUUGGUUGUCUUGUAAGACAUCCUCCAGAAAUACCACAAUGUUAGAGCUACUGUCUCAGAGUUGAGGGUACUUUAUCAAACCUUCCCCAUCACUAAAAGGGUAAACCGUAACAGGUCUAGGCUCCUUAACAUGAACAAGUUGAAGUCUUCGCAGAAGGAUAAAAUCUGUCAAUUUAUGAUCUUCACACAAUCUAGUGAAAAGACAGCAGUGAGUUGUCUUUCUCAGAAUGACUGGAAGUUAGAUGUCGCCACCGAUUUUUUUCAAAAUACUGAGCUUUAUAUUUGAGAGUGUUAAAGGAUCACGGGACAGAAAGAAGUUAGAACAUCUAUAGAGAGUGUAAUGUUCCGGCUCAGAAAUGCCUUAUGUUGAUCGCCAGAAUCGUAUCUGUGGCUUUCUAGACAUUGAAGAAAAUGAAAACAGUGGCAAGUUUCUGCGGAGAUACUUCAUACUGGACACCAGAGAAGAUAGUCUGGUGUGGUACAUGGAUAAUCCACAGAACCUUCCCUCUGGAUCACAGCCUGUUGGAGCUAUUAAGCUUACCUAUAUUUCAAAGGUUAGCGAUGCAACUAAACUAAGGCCAAAGGCAGAAUUCUGCUUUGUUAUGAAUGCAGGGAUGAGGAAAUAUUUCCUACAAGCAAAUGAUCAGCAAGACCUAGUAGAAUGGGUAAAUGUUUUGAACAAAGCUACAAAAAUAACAGUACCAAAGCAACCAGAUCCUCAAACUCAUUCAGAUAACGUAAAUCGCCAAGUUGAAAAUCCGGGUGGAAAGAAGCAAGUAUCAUAUCGAACUGAAAUUGUGGGUGGAGUACCUAUCAUUACGCCUACUCAGAAAGAAGAUUUAAAUGAGUGUGCAGAUGGGAUGGACAGAAACAAUUUGAAACGGUCACAAAGUCAUCUUCCGUACUUCACUCCUAAACCUCCCCCAGAUAAUGCAGUUAUCAAAGCUGGAUACUGCGUUAAACAAGGAGCAGUGAUGAAGAACUGGAAGAGAAGAUAUUUUCAAUUAGAUGAAAAUACAAUAGGCUACUUCAAAUCUGAACUGGAAAAAGAACCUCUCCGGAUAAUACCACUUAAAGAGGUUCAUAAAGUCCAGGAAUGUAAACAAAGUGAUAUUAUGAUGAGGGACAAUCUCUUUGAAAUUGUAACAACAUCUCGCACCUUCUUUGUUCAGGCUGACAGUCCAGAAGAAAUGCAUAGCUGGAUUAAAGCGAUUUCUGGAGCUAUUGUAGCACAGCGGGGACCUGGAAGAUCAGCAACUUCUAUGCGGCAGGCCAGAAGGCUGUCGAAUCCUUGUAUACAGAGGUAUACAGCAAGAACUGGUGAAUGCAGCACGAGCAUUCCAGCUGUCCUUCAGACUCCUCUGCUUUCCGUGCCACAGCAGCCCCCUCACAUUCCGCAGCCUCUCGCAACAACUCUCUGGUCUCAAGCUUUACCGUGGAGAAGCGAGGAUUUUACGAAUCUCUUGCCAAGGCCAAGCCAGGGAACGUCAAGGUCCAGACUGUCUCUCCAAGAGAACCAGCUUCCAAAGUGACUGGGCAAGGCCCCUUGGAACCGCCAAGUGAAAAUGGCCCUCAGGAAAAGGAUUCUGACCCCGGGGAUCCGGAACGGAACUUCGGCCCAGUGGAUCUGGAUGAUGCGAGCCUUCCAGUUAGUGAUGUGUAGUGGAGGAAAUGCUUAGAGACUGAUCUACCCGAGGGUCCUUCAAUAACUUCUGGGCCCAGGGGUUUCUAGCCAAAGAAUAAGAAAAAGAAAAGGGGGGAAAUGCAAUGUUGUGUGGAUAUAUAGAUAUAUACAUUUAUGGGUUCUGGUGGGUUCGAAUGGAGAAUGGACAUUGUAUUUUUCUCCCUGUCCUGGUGAUCAAUCACCUUAAAAUGGGGGAGGAGCCUCACUCAUGCAGUGCAUACAGUUCUUGAGUGUGUCUAGGUACCAACAUCUGUAGAGCUUUUCUGGCCUCAUUUGAGCAGUUACAAUUUUUGACCAUUUUUACUAUAGGUUUCAAUCUGUGGAAAAAAUGAGUCGGUUUCAACACUAAAUAUAUUAUAAGAAUGUUAAAGCACACCUGGGGAUUUUUUUUUAAUCCUUUUAAAAAAAAAGAUAGGCUUGACUAUUUUGUGUGUGUGUUCCCACACACAGUAAAUUAUGUAGGUUCUGAUUAGUUUCUACUCUGGAAGCAUCGGCAGGCCAAGAUUUCUCUAUUACUUAGAAUUUUGCCAGAGGUGCUUUAAAAUUUGCGUUAGGAAGCUAGCGUUACUAUUUCCGAUAUUUAAAAAUAUUUUUGAUGCGCACCACUCUCCCGCGGUGAGCUCUUCUUUGUCUUUGAUUUUUAGUUUUUGCACAUUGAAUCCUAUUGGACCACCAAGUGUUUUGAUUGAGGGGAAUGGGUUGAGGCCUGGGGUUUAAAGGAGAUCAAAAUACUGCAUCUUUGAUAUUUGAACUUACUACUAGAUUUUAUAUUGUAUUUUGUCAGGCUUUGCAAGUUACUACUUAUGAAAUAAUAAAAAUUCUAUUGUUUGGUAUCUGUUUUCUGAGAGAUUUUAAUUUUCUUAUCAAUGUUUUGUGAACACUUCUUCUUUCUAUAUUUGGAUCAGUGAAAGACCUCAAGUUUAUUUUUUUGGAGUGACAUGACAGAUGAUGAACAUUUGUUCAUAAUCCUACUAUUGUGGCCUGUAAUUUUUGUGCACUAAUAAUCUAUAUUCAAGUGCCUGUGUCGUCUCAUUUUGUUUUUUACAUUUUGAGAUUGAUGUGUGUACAGUUCUACUUUACUGGUUUUAAACCUUGGGAUUAAAUUGUUUUUGAAAGUUAAAGUUUGUGUAAGACUAUUUAAGGUAUUAAUGUUUUUGUUUUUGUUUUUUUCCGCUAGGGGAAUUCCAGGAUGCUGGCAUUGCAUCUGCUAGCUGUGCAAUAUGUAUGUUUUUCAGAUAUAAUUCAGGUUAUAUGUCACAUGGGGGUGUCAUAAAUGCAAACAACUCCAUUUAAGAACCUUUGAAUUACAAUGUUUAAUUAGAUAGGAUCAUUUUAAGUCUAGAUUGAGCAUGUACUAUUUUGUGGUUCAAUCUCGAAAGAUGCCUGCCUAAACCAAACAAAAUCUUGAAUUUAAUGUGCUGCUUUUUUUUGUGAUUCAAACUUUUUAGUUUGGCAAUACGACUUGUUUUGGAAAUUAAUAGAUUUCUGUCCCAAAGUUUCGUUUUCUAAGUUGGACUUAUGACAUAAGUUGUCUACUAAAAGACUGCGAUCCAAAGGUUAAGCAGUCUUUCCAAAACCAAGGUAGACUAAACUUCAGUUGAAAAAGCAGAUUACAGAAGAACUAUUCAGUUGUCAUAAUCAUAAGCUAACCUGUUUUUUGUGUUCUAUUUAUAAUUAAAAGAAAAUGUCCUUUGUUAACUACAUGUGAAAACUAACCAUAGAAUGGAACCUUUUAGCCAGUUUUAAAUAAAGCAGAUUUAAAUGUUGGAUAAAGAAUAAUAGCUCUUCUGAAAUACUCCUUUUCAUGAGCAUGUGAUAUUUUGCAUUAAUGUUUUUAUUGUACUUUUAAAACCGAAAUUCACUCUCUUUGGUACAGCUUUUACACUGCAUGUUCAUCUUGGUAUAUUUUGGUAUUGGCAGCUUAACGUAAUGGGUGGCGGCCAAGCUUUUAGCUCCAUUUAGGGACUUUCUAAUAGAACUGCUCUGGUAGUUCAGUAGCAUAGGACAAGUAUUCUUGUGGUUGGUAAUUGUCAGGGUCACCUAAUACUAGGUUUUCAAAUCUAUGAAAAUGGUUAAAUUAUUUUCAAACCUGUGCCAUUUCUUGUAGAUAUAACACAUUUGAAUGGUCAAUAAAUUAGUUUGAAUACCCGAA